AUGCUUACUCGUAGAACUGCUCAAGGCAAUCUUACCCCCUUGGAUUCAGAGAUAGAACGCACUUGCAAGUCGAAUAGGAAGCAAACGAAGGGAACUAGUUUGCCAAUUCACGACACAACGGCGGGUUCUACUUCCUCACAAGGGGAGGAGGAGGAGAACACACCACCAAACUCACCUGCGCAUUCAAUUCACGAGGACGAAGAGGAACCCCCAAGACUCGACAUGGCAUUGAAGGAUGCUUUUGUUCCGAUAGCUUCGGAAUCCCCCUCAUGCAUAGCUUACACACCACCUGGCAAUCAAGCCUUCUCCAUUCCUAUGCAGCUCCUUAACUCGUUGCCUAAGUACUCUGGCACACCAUCUGAGGAUCCUAAUGUUCACAUUAGGGAAUUCUUAGAUAUUUGCAAGCUGCAAACCAUUCAGAACAUCCAACCAGAAGGACUCAGGUUACAUCUAUUUCCCUUUUCUUUAAAAGAUGAUGCAAAACGUUGGUUGUACUCGUUACCUGCAGGUAUCAUCACAACUUGGGAUGAAAUGGUUAAGAAGUUUUUGAAACAAUAUUUCCCCGCUCAACUGACAAAACGACUAAGGAGGGAGAUUCAAAACUUCACUCAAAAGGAUGGAGAUACACUAUAUGAGGCAUGGGAGGAAUUUCAGGAGUUGCAGAGGAAGUGUCCCCAUCACAACUUCAGUCUGAAUGACCUUGUCCAAUUUUUCUAUGAUGGAUUGGACAUAGCUAAUAGGGGCAGCGUUGAUUCUGCGUGUGGAGGUACUUUCAUGAACAAAACCGGUCAAGAAGCAUAUAAUCUAAUAGAUGAUUUGGCCGACAAUAAUAGACAAUUCUACACAAGGGAUAAACGUAUAAGAGGACGAGGAGUGUAUGAAGUCGAUUCAAGGAACCAAAUGGUGGCUGUGGAAAGAAAGAUUGACAUGUUAAUGAAUGCCUUAGGUAAUGGCAUUAAGGCAACACCUCAGGUAUGCUCUAUUUGUUCCUAUUCUGAUCAUACUACUGAUAGAUGUCCUAUGUCUGCUAUGUCUGAGCAACAGGUGAAUUACAUGGGGCAACAAAGGCCCAAAUAUGACCCUUACUCGAACACGUACAAUCCGGGAUGGAAGGAUCACCCAAACUUCUGUUGGGGCGGUAAUGACAACGUGGUUCGACCUACUCAAGGCGUCUACAAUGGACCACCUGGAUUCCAACAAGGGGCUAGGCAGCAAGUCUAUCAACAAACUCCUCCUCAACAAUCCUCAAGCAAGUCCUUGGAAGAACUAGUGAAGGAGAUGACUCUGAACACCGCAUCUUUCCAAAAGGACACCGCAGCUUUCAUCCAAAGGACUGAGAUUCAGUUUCAAAAGCAAGAUGCCUUAGCUCAGCAACAUGGACAAGCUAUCAAGAACUUGGAAAGGCAAGUUGGGUAA